UCGCACUUUUGUGUCAGUGAUCGGCUUGUUACUCGAUAUGUGGGUGACGUGCCGAUGAAGUAAUCAGAGAACGAAAGUCACGAAUCUUAGAAAAACGAGCAAGGGGUGUUCAAAGGUUGUUCAUUUGCUUUACAUCUCGCGUAAGGUAUUUGAGAACAGACAAAGAAUAUUUUAAAUAAAAUUGCACAGUAGCCCUCGUUUUGUGCUCUCUAAAAAUGGGCAAAACCAAAAUCGAAAGCAAUUCGAAAGGCGGUGUGCCUCGCCUCAAUGGGACAUCAACAACGAUGUCGCAGCCACUUCGUCGUAGCAACAUCAUUUCUGCACUUCUCUGCUUGACCUGCGGAACCUGCUUUGUUUUGAGUUUAAUUUGCACCUGCCUAGCAACAAUGGUCGUAAUGCUGGAUCAUAAAGUCGAGGCAGCAAACUACAAGCGAUCAUUUGAUUGGAAUACACCAGAGGCAUUUACAACAUCGUUUGAUCCCGAUAAGAGCUUCAGAUUGCCAAAAGAAGUCGUUCCUAUCCAUUAUGAUCUUUACUUGUACCCAAAACUUAAAGAAGGUACAUUUACUGGAACGGUGAAUAUCCUAAUUGAUGUCCACGACAACAGAAGAACUAUAGCUCUUCAUCAGAAAGACCUCAACAUCACAUCUGUGGAAUUAAAAACAUUUGGCCUAGAAGAAGAUUAUGAAAUUAAUGUCUCUUCUGUCAGCAAGCCUACAAAGUAUGAAAUCUUUGUGAUAUCAACUGAAAACGAGAUUAAUCCCGGAUUGUAUAAUUUGUAUCUAGAAUUUAGUGGAAAUCUCAAGGACAAAAUAGUUGGAUUCUAUAGCAGCAAAUAUCACUAUAAGACUGGAAGAAUUGACGAAACCAGGUACAUUGCGACUACCCAGUUUGAGGCCACUAAUGCUAGACAAGCUUUCCCUUGUUUCGACGAACCCAGUUUUAAGGCAGAAUUUUCGAUAAAAGUGGUUCAUCCUAUGGAUGGCUGCUACAAUGCCUUAUCCAAUAUGAAUGUAGAGGAUAAGCAACCAAAUGAACCGGAACAAGGUCUACAAACAGUGACCUUUGCAAAAACUGUACCCAUGUCUACAUACCUGACUUCUUUUAUUGUCCAUGACUUUGUUAGCACAACUAAAAUGGCAAAGGGCUUAAAUGGUCAAGAAUUUCCGAUCAGUGUCUAUACCACUAAACUUCAGUCACAAGCCAAAAGAGACUUUGCAGUGGAUAUUGGCGUGAAAGCUAUCGAAUUUUUCAUUAAUUUAUUCAAAAUAGAUUAUCCAUUACCAAAACUCGAUAUGAUUGGUAUUCCCGAUUUUAAGGCCGGCGCUAUGGAAAAUUGGGGUUUAGUGACUUACAGAGAAACAAGAAUUCUUUUUGAUGAAAAUACUAACUCCCUUUAUGAUAAGCGCGAAGUCGUUAACGUAAUCUGUCAUGAACUGGCACACAUGUGGUUUGGAAAUCUCGUUACCAUGAAAUGGUGGAGUGAUUUAUGGCUCAAGGAAGGUUUCGCUACGUUCAUGGCAUCUAAAUGUUCCGAUGCUAUUCUACCAAAACAGGGAUAUAUGGAGGAAUUCCCUGUUGAAAUAAUCCAAAAUGUGUUUGCUUCUGAUUCAAAGCUGAGCUCUCAUCCUAUAGUUCAUGAAGUCCAAAAUGCAGACGAUAUUUCAUCUUUCUUUGAUGGAAUAUCUUAUAAAAAAGGAGCAUCAAUAAUCCGUAUGAUGGAGAACUUCUUUGGAUCUGAUGUCUUUUUCGGAGGAAUUAGUGCCUAUUUGCAUAAACAUGCCUAUAACAAUGCAGAGACUGCGGAUCUCUUUAAUGCUUUGCAAGAUGCGACCGGAGGCAAAUUAAAAGUAAAAGAUAUAAUGGAUACUUGGACGCGACAAGGAGGUUAUCCCGUUGUUAAUGUGAAAAAAUCAGGAAACAAAUUUAUAUUAACUCAGGAACGAUUUCUGGACGAUCAAGAUGCCAAAUCCGAUCCCUCGCAAUCAGAAUAUGGAUAUCGAUGGACCAUACCCAUUUCUUAUAUCACUAACAAAAACGAAGUACCUACUCUCAUAUGGUUCGACAAAGAUGUGAACGAAGUGGUUAUUGACGCCGACGAAUAUACUAAGUGGAUUAAAUUAAAUGCGGGUCAAGUUGGUUUCUAUCGAGUUAAUUAUAACAACGAAUGGACAACGUUCGAGGAUCUACUUCAGUCUCACCAUACGAGAAUACCGUCAACAGAUCGAGCAAAUCUUUUGGACGAUCUGUUUAGCUUAGCUGAUGCCGGUCAGAUCGAAUAUGAUAUCGUGAUGGAUAUAAGUAUGUACCUCAGCGAGGAGUAUCACGCUCUUCCGUGGGCAGUUGUGAAAUCGAAUUUCAUGACGAUGUACAAUCUGUUAAAAUCCUCGAAUAUUCCACAUCUUGCUAACACGUUCAAGUCUUACGCCGCAAAAUUGGUAGACCCCAUCUACGAGGAUACAACUUGGACCGCCGAUGAUAUUGACGAUGUGCCAGUAACGCACAUGGAGAAGAGAUUGCGACCGACGGUAAUCGAAUUAGCCUGUGCAAUGGGUUCAUCUGCAUGCUUGAAAAAAGCAGGAGAACACUUCAAGGAGUGGCUACUGCAAGACAAACCUCAACAUCCCGAUAUUCGUGAAUUGAUUUAUUACUACGGUAUGCGUUAUUAUUCGGAUGAGAACGAUUGGAAUGUUAUGUUUGAACUAUUUAAAAACGAAGUCGAUCCCAGUGAGAAAAAUAAAUUAAUGACAGGAUUGGCGGGCAUACAAUCGACUGAAAUUCUAAAGGAAUACAUCACUAGAGCAACUAAUCAGGAUUAUGUCCGCGCUCAAGAUUUCUUGAAAUGCUUGACCAUAAUUUCCAAAAAUCCCGCUGGUACAUCGCUGGUAUGGAACUGGGUACGCGAGAACUGGGAAUUCCUCGUGAACAGAUACACAUUGAAUGAUAUGUAUCUCGGUCAACUUAUACCGUCUAUUACAAGUUCCUUUGCCACACAAACUAAACUGGACGAGAUAAAAGCUUUCUUCGCGAAAUACCCUGAAGCCGGUGCCGGUGCGGACAGUCGAGCCAAAGCUCUCGAGACAGUCUCGAAGAAUAUCAAAUGGCUCGCUAGGAAUAGUGAAGAUCUCAAUGAGUGGUUUCUCGAAAACUGGUCGUUUAAUAUGAAGAGGGUCAGUUCAACGUACUAAUAAAUAAAGAGUAUCUUCAUAUACCGAUGUUUAACUAUUAUAAAUAAAACUUCUUUAUUUUAUACCUCUCUGAACUGCUGGCAGUGUAAAGAUAUUUAAUUAUGAUUACAUAUGUUAUUGCAAGAACAAUUGUUACGAAAAAGUAAACUUUCUCACUCUUGCCAAAUGGGUGAAAACUUUCAAAUUUAAA